CUGGAGGCGGAGGGGGAGAGGCGCGGAGGAGCGCGGGGCCGCCGCCACCGGCGCCUGGAGGCAGUUGUCAUCAAACCUUUUGCUAGAUGGUUAAUGAGUAGCACAGUUUGUUUGAGUCGAACCUCCUUUGGUGCUAAUGAGUGGUGAAGUGGACCCAAGGUGAGAUGUCUGAGGAAGGAGGCGUGCUGGAGAGUCUGGAGUAGUUCACAAAUUAGAUCAUGAAUGAGCUUCAGGAAGACGCAAGUCAGUGGUUAGUCACAGGGGCUAGAAACUGGCAGCCUGUUUGAACCCCAGCUCCUGCCACCUACGAGAUUUGUAAGACUCCAGGGCCUUCAAGCUGUGAUUAAUCCCAUGGUUCCUGAAACGGCUGGGAAAACAGACGUUUUGGGUGCCAGCUGAAGAGUGUAUGUCUAUGUAUAUUUAAGACCUUUUUAUACGUACACAUUUACACAAGAAGACAGGCUCAUUCUUGUGUGCACUUGAAGAGUUUCACAACUGAUGAAAAUUAAUUUGAGAAUCAGAUGGAGCAACUUGACACCACUGGGCUUGGGAGCCCGGGGAGAAAAAUAUAUCACUAACGGCCAGUUUUCCAUAUGGUCUUCACGGGUAAAGAAAGUCUGCAAAAAGAAGAAAAAAAAAACUUGCACAGAUCAGGCCGCAAAAAUACCUCUCCAGUUUAAAGAAGGAACUAAGUGAGCAGGUGACUGAGGGAGAAGCGUGAUUUCAGGCACUGCAGAUGGGAGCAUGCGGUGCUUUCUGCACUUUAUGUUUCAGUGGAUCUGGUGAUUUGGACAGACGUUAACUUCUGUACUGAAAAGUGGCUCUUACUGUGUGGUUGUGACUGGAGGAAAGCCAGUUAGGGUAUGAUGGGACAAGUCUGAACAGCGAACUGAUUCCUUUGCCUUUUUUCAGUUGACUGUAUUCCAGAAAUUUUAAUUUAUUAUUUCCCUUUUCCUUUUCUGUAUCUAUAGGAUAAUACCUUAAGGUAGCAAUUGAAACUGAUAAUUACAAAAUAAUUAUCAAGGAGCAUCCAAGUAAAGCUUUCCUUGGACUGUCCACGUGGAGUUUGGAGACGGUCUCUGAAGGUGAUCAGGAAAGCGCCCAUCAGCCAGACAUGGUCACUCUUUAGGGAGACAGUGAGGAAGCACCCGACUCUUGCCUGUGUUUCCGUUUUAAGGGAUUCUCUUCCCUGUUGAGUCCAGAAAUACUUGUAUAUCAGAGGAAGACUACUUGAUGGACUAGAUUCUGAGAUUAGUUUUUUCCUUCAAGUUGGAAAAGUAUGUGAUCUUUAGGAGCAGACGGGAGAAGUGACUGAGAAGUGACUAGGGGCGGAGAGACAGCCUGCAGCCAGCUCGGCCCUCGUUUGUUGGCAGGAGUAUUUAGGGUUCCCUGGAGGUCCACACUCAGACUCCUGUGAGCGCUUCAGAGCCCUUGACUCUGCUGAGGGAGGGGCUUCCUCCCUGCCUCUAUGGCACUAAGGGGUGCGUCAGCCUGCGGAGGAGCCCUCCCUGGGGACACAGCCACCUGCUAGGAAGCCAGGCUGGGCUCUGAAGUUGGAGGUUUCUGGUUUUGAACAGUGGGGAAAGAGUCUUUUUUACUUCUAAAAUUUGGACUGCUGUCUGCACAAACUCUGGUCUGUUUUGCACGGUUUGUGUGCCUUUUUUUCCCUUUAUGCAAUCUUUUUUCAGCUUUAGCAGCAGAAACUUGUCUAGUUGAGAAAACAAGCCAGAGGGUGGCUUCAGAAGGAAGAUGAUCCCAUGUUUUCUGUCUCUGCAUCUGAACUUUUGAAGUGAAGAUUCCAGCUCGAGGGAUUCUUAAAGCCUUAAGUUACUUGAAAUCUAUGUAUUUGCAACCCUUUGUCUCUGGAAUCACAUUACAUUAAACUGGAAUCUCAGGCUGAAUAAGAAGAACCAAGUUGAGUGAAAAGAAGAACACUCAGUUUCUUUAUCACCACUUGUUGACGAUGCUCUUUCUCCAAAGGGUCAGCCCGCUCUUCCUCUAAGGACUUGAAAAUAAAAAUGGACCCCAGGUUUUUUUUAAGCAUUAUCUUUUCUUAGCAGACUGCCAUCAUCUUUUAUAGAGGAAUUUUUUCACUAUGCAUUUGGUGGAUCUUUAUAAAAUACUGACCUAAGUAGAACCAGGUCAGUCUUAAUUAAAGGUGGUCAGGGAAAACAGCGCAAGCCAACUACAAAAAUAACAUCAAUCUGUCAGUGAAAGCACCUGGUUUACAUUUUUUGGCAUUCAGUAUUACUUUUUAAGUAGAACGGUUCUUCAAAAAAAAGUAUGUAUGCAGCAGUGGAGCAUGGGCCUGUUCUGUGCAGCGACUCCAACAUCCUCUGCCUAUCCUGGAAGGGCCGCGUCCCCAAGAGUGAGAAGGAGAAGCCGGUGUGCAGGAGGCGCUACUACGAGGAGGGCUGGCUGGCCACGGGCAAUGGGCGUGGCGUUGUUGGGGUAACCUUCACCUCCAGCCACUGCCGGCGGGACAGGAACACUCCACAGAGAAUCAACUUCAACCUUCGGGGCCACAACAGUGAGGUCGUGCUGGUGAGGUGGAACGAGCCGUACCAGAAGCUGGCCACAUGUGAUGCGGACGGUGGGAUAUUCGUGUGGAUCCAGUACGAAGGGCGGUGGUCUGUGGAGCUGGUCAAUGAUCGAGGGGCCCAGGUGAGUGAUUUCACGUGGAGCCACGAUGGGACUCAGGCACUUAUUUCAUAUCGAGACGGGUUUGUCCUGGUUGGUUCUGUCAGUGGACAAAGACACUGGUCGUCUGAGAUCAACUUGGAAAGUCAAAUCACAUGUGGCAUAUGGACGCCUGAUGACCAACAGGUGCUGUUUGGCACGGCUGAUGGGCAGGUGAUCGUCAUGGACUGCCACGGCAGGAUGCUGGCCCACGUCCUCCUGCAUGAGUCAGACGGCAUCCUCAGCAUGUCCUGGAACUACCCUGCCUUCCUGGUGGAGGACAGCAGCGAGAGCGACACGGACUCUGACGACUACUCCCCGCCCCAAGAUGGUCCAGCGGCAUAUCCCAUUCCGGUGCAGAACGUCAAGCCGCUGCUCACCGUCAGCUUCACCUCAGGAGAUAUCAGCUUGAUGAGCAACUAUGACGACUUGUCUCCCACUGUCAUCCAGUCGGGGCUGAAAGAGGUGGUGGCUCAGUGGUGCACGCAGGGAGACCUCCUGGCAGUCGCUGGUAUGGAACGCCCGACCCAGUUCGGUGAUCUUCCCAAUGGCCCUCUUCUGAAGAGUGCCAUGGUCAAGUUCUACAAUGUUCGAGGCGAGCACAUCUUUACACUGGACACGCUUGUGCAGCGCCCCAUCAUCUCCAUCUGCUGGGGACACCGGGACUCGCGGCUGCUGAUGGCAUCAGGACCGGCCCUGUACGUAGUACGCGUGGAGCACCGGGUGUCCAGCCUGCAGCUGCUGUGCCAGCAGGCCAUUGCCAGCACCCUGCGAGAGGACAAGGACGUCAGCAAGCUGACCCUGCCCCCCCGCCUUUGCUCCUACCUCUCCACUGCCUUCAUCCCCACCAUCAAGCCCCCAAUUCCAGACCCCAACAACAUGCGAGACUUCGUCAGCUACCCAUCGGCCGGCAGCGAGCGUCUGCACUGCACCAUGAAGCGCACGGAGGACGACCCGGAGGUGGGCGGCCCCUGCUACACGCUCUACCUGGAGCACCUGGGCGGGCUCGUGCCCAUCCUCAAGGGGCGGCGCAUCAGCAAGCUGCGGCCCGAGUUCGUCAUCAUGGACCCGCGGACAGAUGGCAGAUCAGAUGAAAUCUAUGGAAACAGCUUGAUUUCCACGAUGAUUGACAGCUGCAACUGCUCAGACUCCAGUGACAUUGAACUGAGUGACGACUGGGCUGCCAAGAAGUCUCCCAAAAUCUCCCGAGCUAGCAAAUCACCCAAACUCCCAAGGAUCAACAUUGAGGCUCGGAAGUCCCCCAAGCUGCCGCGUGCUGCUCAGGAGAUAUCUCGAUCUCCUCGCCUGCCCAUGCGCAAGCCGUCCAUCGGCUCACCCAGCCUGACACGGAGGGAGUUUCCCUUUGAAGACAUCACUCAGCACAACUACCUUGCUCAGGUCACAUCUAAUAUCUGGGGAACCAAAUUUAAGAUUGUGGGCUUGGCUGCCUUCCUGCCAACCAACCUGGGUGCAGUAAUCUAUAAAACCAGCCUCCUGCAUCUCCAGCCGCGGCAGAUGACCAUCUAUCUCCCGGAGGUUCGGAAGAUUUCCAUGGACUAUGUUAAUUUACCAGUCUUCAACCCGAAUGUUUUCAGUGAAGAUGAAGAUGAUUUGCCAGUGACAGGAGCAUCUGGUGUGCCAGAGAACAACCCACCUUGUACCGUGAAUAUCCCCAUCGCACCCAUUCACAGUUCGGCGCAAGCCAUGUCCCCCACGCAGAGCAUCGGGCUGGUGCAGUCCCUGCUGGCCAACCAGAAUGUGCAGCUGGACGUCCUGACCAAUCAGACCACAGCCGUGGGUGCAGCCGAGCACACAAGCGACAGUGCCACCCAAUACCCCGUGUCCAGCCGCUACUCCAGUCCUGGCCAGGUGAUCUUCGGAGGCGUGGAGAUGAGUCGCCUCAUCCCCAACCCCCCUCAGCUGUCCCUGCCGCCGCCAGCACAGGGGGCCAUCCAGCUGUCCGUACUGGACCACGGGGACCGAGACCACGAGCACCUGCAGAAGCCAGCCAAGGCCCUGCGGCCAGUGCCACAGUUGGCCACCGAGGGAGACGCGGUGGUGUUCAGUGCCCCCCAGGAGGUCCAGGUGGCAAAGAUGAACCCCCCACCCCCCUACCCAGGAACCAUCCCCGCCGCCCCCACCACAGCGGCGCCGCCGCCCCCGCUGCCGCCCCCGCAGCCUCCAGUGGACACGUGCUUGAAGAAGGGCGACUUCUCUCCAUACCCCACGGCAGCGGCGCACUACCAGCCGCCCCUGGGCUACGAGAGGAUCACCACCUUCGACAGCAGCGGCAACGUGGAGGAGGUGUGCCGGCCCCGAACGCGGAUGCUCUGCUCCCAGAACACCUACACGCUCCCGGGCCCGGGCAGCUCGGCCACGCUAAGGCUCACCGCCACCGAGAAGAAGCUCCCGCAGCCCUGCACCAGCGCCACCCUGAACCGCCUGACGGUCCCGCGCUACUCCAUCCCCCCGGGGGACCCGCCCCCCUACCCUGACAUCGCCGGCCCGAUGGGCCCCGGCCGGGGCGCGGGGCAGAGGCCGGACGGCGGCCUCAUCCACGCCACGCUGCGCAGGAACAACCGCGAGGCGGCGCUCAAGGCGGCGCAGCUGGCCGAGCCCCCACGGCCGCCGCCGCACCCGCCCAAACCCAAGGGCGCGGCGCAGUUCCCGGCGCGGCCCCCGCCCACCCUGUACACCUGCAGCCAGUGCAGCGGCGCGGGCGCGGCGGGGAGGCCCGAGCCGGGCGUGGGGACGCAGCCGGGCGCCGGCCUGGCGCACGCGGCCAGCGCCUCCCCGCUGACCUCCCAGUCGUCCUACAGCCUCCUGAGCGCGGCCGACGGCGCCCGCGAACGCGCCGACUACGUCAACUCGGCCUUCACCGAGGACGAGGCGCUGGCCCAGCACUGUCCGCCCGAGAAGCCGCUGAGGCAUCCCGCGCUGAGCGAAGCCGCUGUGGCCGUGAAACGGCCGCCCCCCUACCAGUGGGACCCCGUGCUGGGGGAGGACGUGUGGGUUCCUCAGGAAAGGACAGCACAGACCGCGGUGCCCAACCCCCUGAAACUGUCUCCUCUGAUGGUCGGUCAGAGCCAGCACCUGGACGUGUCCCGAGGGCCCUUCGUCUCCCCCAAGUCUCCCACCAGCCCGACUGCCCCUUUCCAGACAGGCUAUGGGAUGGGAGUGCCGUAUCCGGGAGGCUAUAACACCUCCCCUUUGCCGGGGGUGCAGGCUCCCUGCUCCCCGAAAGAUGCCCUGGCCCCAGCACAGUUUGCACAACAGGAGUCGGCGGUGGUUCUUCAGCCGGCCUACCCGCCCAGCCUCUCCUACUGCACCCUGCCCCCCAUGUAUCCCGGAAGCAGCGCCUGCUCGAGUUUACAGUUGCCACCUAUCGCCUUGCACCCCUGGAAUUCCUACAGCGCGUGCCCGCCCGUGCAGAACCCUCAGGGCACUCUCCCCCCCAAGGCUCACUUGGUGGUGGAGAAGCCCCUUGUGUCCCCGCCGCCUACUGACCUCCAAAGCCACCUGGGUACAGAGGUGAUGGUCGAGACCGCAGACAACUUCCAGGAAGUUCUCUCCCUGACGGAGAGCCCAGUCCCCCAGCGGACAGAGAAAUUUGGAAAGAAGAACCGGAAGCGGCUGGACAGCCGGGCAGAGGAGGGGAACGUUCAGGCCAUCACUGAGGGCAAAGUGAAGAAGGAGGCUCGGACUCUGAGUGACUUUAAUUCCCUGAUCUCCAGUCCCCGCCUGGGGAGAGAGAAGAAGAAAGUGAAGAGUCAGAAAGACCAGCUGAAGUCGAAGAAGCUGAAUAAGACAAAUGAGUUCCAGGACAGCUCAGAGAGCGAGCCGGAGCUGUUCAUCAGCGGGGAUGAGCUGAUGAACCAGAGCCAGGGCAGCAAGAAGGGCUGGAAGAGCAAGAGGAGCCUGAGGGCAGCCAGCGAGCUGGAGGACUUCAAGUGCAGGAAAGCCAGCGAGAAGGAGGAUGGGCGGCUGGGCAGCCAGGGCUUCGUGUAUGUCAUGGCCAACAAGCAGCCGCUCUGGAACGAGGCCACCCAGGUGUACCAGCUGGACUUCGGGGGGCGGGUGACCCAGGAGUCGGCAAAGAACUUCCAGAUUGAGCUGGAGGGGCGGCAGGUGAUGCAGUUUGGAAGGAUUGACGGCAAUGCGUACAUCCUGGAUUUCCAGUACCCCUUCUCCGCUGUGCAGGCCUUCGCAGUUGCCCUGGCCAACGUGACUCAGCGCCUCAAAUGAAGAGCCUGAGGCGGGGAAGAGAAAGAGGUCUGAUCGCAGAUGCUGGAGGAGCCCGCACGGCCUGGUACCCAGGGGACCAGAAGACAAGGGCAAAACUGGAAACGUCCGUCAGGCCCAGGGGAGGGCACUGACCUAUCGUUGUUGUUUGUUUGGGUUUUUAUUAUCCUUUAUUUUCUUUUUUUCUUCUUUUUUUUUUUAAACAGAAGUAAAAUACAGGAGAAUGGUAUUUGGAAGCAGAGGGUGCGAGGCACCUGGUGGUGUCUAGGAAGCGUGGUCACUGUGGGAAUGUCCUGCUCGGUUUGCUUAUGUUGGCAACAGGACAAGGGGCCCUUCAGAAGGAAGGUAGACUGCCUUCUUGCCUGCUGUUCUUCUAGACUAGGAGUGUGCGUUGUUUUCAUUCUCCAUAACAUCUUGCUUUUGUUAUUCCUCCAACAUCACCGCUAGUGUAGGACAAAAAACUUAAGGAGAACACAACCAAAAAAUCCUGAAGGUACAGGUUCUUUUGGGGGGGACAACAUUUAAUUCACACAUAUUAUGUUAUUCCCCCAGAGGGGACUUGAUUAAUGAAGGGUAUUUUGGCAAAUGCACUGUGUUUGGCUAGUAAAAGUAGGCUUUUUACAAGCGUGCUUUCCCCAGGUAUAAACGCAAUUUGCUCAUGAGCUGGUAGGGAAAGGAUGACGGGGGAGGAAGGAUGCCCUGCCAGGUGUACAGGCGGGCAGCUCACGUGGUGUGACUUGAAGCAGUAGAAGGGCUGCGCUCCUCUUCAGAGGAUGUUUACAUUGCAGCCUCCACUGAUUUCCUAAUACGUCAGAAUUCCGUUGGUUUAGCGAUCAUUCAGUCUGACUGACUUAGGGAGAAAGAUCCCCGUGUGUGGUAUGUGUAGCGAUUUUCUGGGCUAUGGUGGUAAAUCACCAGAGACCCGCUGCUGAGCAGCGGGCUUCACUCCCUCUGCCCUCUCAUUGUUGAAUCUGGACCGUGGCAGAGACGUUAUCUUCCCCAUUAGAUAACUGUUCUUUACUUGCUCUUUCUAAAAAAUGCUGACAUCCUCUUUUGGGCUAUAUUAAAAUGCAGUUGACUAGAGAUGUUUUCCAAAAGAUUAGCAAUGUAACAAAAAAAUGUUAGGGAUUUGCCAGGGUAUGAAAAGAUAGAGUUAUAAUCAACUCUUUGAUGAGAGCCCCACAAGCUUCUCUAGAAAAAAAGAAUUAUUAACUAUACAAACUGUUUACUGAGGAGAUAAACCACCAGGGGAACAUGAUUAAAGUUACAGUACUUAAUGUAGUUGGUUGACUGUUCUUUGUCAAUUGCAACAAUAACAACAAAAAAUCCAGAGAUUAUCUUUUCGCACCUCCCCCUCCUCAGGGGACUUAUUGGGCAAUAGUCAGCCCUGAUAACAAGACCCAGUUCAUAGUUUCAGUUACUCAUGUCUGUGAUGUCAUUUAGGGCUGGAGAACAAGAACUGUCUACUAGUUUAGGGUCCUAAAUUUGGAUUUUGUUUGAAAACAAACACGUGGAAGAUCCUGCAGAAAUGUAUUCUCAAAAAAAAAUUAUUUUUAGUCUUCUGUUUUAGUUUAAAAAUUAGAAAAGAAACAGGCCCAAUGCAAGAUGACAUCACUUACCAUUUCCUCCAGACCCUGAAGAAACACAGGUGAAGUUUUAAAUAUGGUGAGGGACAUCUCCCAGCUAAUAUCAGAGCUUCCCAUUUUAUAUUUUAAAAUAUUGAACCUGAUUCUUUGGUGGGUAAAUUUUUCCAGAAAGAAUUUAGCAGCAUAUUCAGAAUUAUAUAAUUAUUUUAUAUGAGUUCCUGUAGCUUAAUAUGGUGUUUCAGUGUUUAUUAUCAGUUGUGCAAUAAUGAUUAUAGCCUGUUUCUAAAUAAUUUAAAUGCAGUUCCCCUGUUUUAUUGUCCAAGAGUUAAUUAUUUAUCUUGCUUUAACAGUGUUUGUAGGAAUUAUUUUGUUACUAUGUUCUGGUGAGUUAUGCCCAUUUUAUUAUUUAUUUAGCAAAAUAGUAUGUUUGUAACGACUUAUUUGGUGGCAGUAUAUUUUGCUGCAAGAAAUAAAAAGGAUAUGAUAGAAGGUUUUUUUGCUGGAUAAUUUGUAAAUUUGUCUAAUUGGGAAAAAUUCCUAUUAAUCCUGUAAAAGUAACUCGUUCUGUUUUUCCUUUUGUAGUAUCACUUAUAUAUUGGGCUGGCUGAAAAGUUCAUUUGAGUUUUUCUGUAAACCCAAAUGAAGUUUUUGGGCAACCCAAUACAAAGGAGAAGAUUUCUUUGAGAUAACAUAUCCUAAAAUAUUAUUUCCCCUUCUGCUGAAAAUUUUAUUUCUAAUGAAAAUAAAAGGUGAAAUGAAAUGGGACUUAUGAGAAUGAGAGUAGCAAAAAAAAAAAAAAGGGAAUUAUAAUAGCAAGUUUCAAUUCUUAAAGAUCUGACCGGUUUUUGAGAUAUAAAGACCACAUUUUAGAACUUUUCUUAAGAGCAAAUAUAGAGAGAAAUCCUUGGAAUGAAAACUACAAAUACGUGUGAAGAGAAAGUGAGUAUUUGUAACAAUUAACUAAACUUACUAAAUUCUUAGCUACUCCCCCAAAGACCUCUUCCCCUCGCCGGGACAGAAGCCUCUGUCUCGGACGUUUUGCAGGAGUUUGCCUCUGAGUGAGCAGCAGCUGCUCAGCUCUGCUGCCCCGGCCUGAAGGAGGGGGGAGUCUCAUGUCCCAGUCAGACAGGAACAGGUGUCUAAUGCGGUGUCUUUUCAGUUAAUGGUGCUGUUUUUGAUUAUUUUAAAAAGUGUUUUCAUUUGGUUGGUCUCAACUUAUUAAAUACUACCAAAGUCAGUACUUUAAGCAGCAGAAUUCUACAUACUUAGUGUUUAUUAAUAGCAACUUAUGACUAUUAAGAUACCUCAUUGAAUCUUUAAAGUUAAAAACAUUAGCCCAGUAAAUAGUCAACAACAUACAGAAUCCAUGCCUUUUUGAGGGAAGCGGUAUAUUAACAAAACCAAUUUUAAAUUUGGUUUAACCACAUCAGACCAAAGGCACAGCUUUGAGUAUAGUAUACCCAUUGAAUGUAUGUACAUUCUAAGAAAAACCAGUACCAAGAAAGCAGGAAAAUGUCAACGCUCUCGUGGCAGUGCGUUUCACCUGUGGCUGUGGCUUCCAUAUCGAGCAUCCAACGAGGGCUUGCAGAAAUGUGUCAUCACAGAUGAAAGCCAGGAGACCCCAGGAUCAGGCCGGCUCUGCCACAAAGUUGGAGGGUGACUGUGGGCCUCCAUUUGUCCAUCUGUAAAAUGAAAAGACAGCCUGGACAAUUUUCUAAACUUCUGUCAUCCAGCUCGAACAGCUUGAGGGCCCAAAAUGUAACAUUUUCGUCAUUCCAUUUUACAGACUUGAAAGGUAGGUUUCAAAACAUUGCCCUUUGUAGAGAAAUAUUUUUUUCCUAUAUUAAUGAGCUACCUACUGAAUGUAAACCAGUGCAUUUAAAAUAAUAUCUUUGGAAGGUUCACCUCUAGAAACAAAUGCAUGUGGAAUCAUGUUUGUUCUCAUAAAAUUAUGCAAAAGCACCAAUUCCAGGUAAGACAGAGAAGCCUCCCCAUGAGCGUGCCUUGCUUGGUGGAAACCCCUGAGAACAGCCCUAAAAUAAGUCACCACUUGCCCAAAAGAGUGGGUUGCAAAAAGAACAAAGGAGUAUAUACCUAGACUGGCUUGAGCUCUAGAGUGCGCUCUGCAGUGUUGUGCGAUCUUUGUGUUCAGAAGGUUUCUUGAAAAGGACCCCGUUGUGUCCCCGUGUGGGCCAUCUAUUGUUUGGCCAAGUCAGUGGUUGUGAGCAAAGUUAGCUGAGACAGAAUGUGUCCAAAUGUUGUUUGAGUUCCUGGGAUCUUGUCAUAGUCCACAACUCAAAACUCUUCACCAUCUGUGUGUUUCCUUCUCUAUGGCUGAUGAAACUCUGAAGGGUUGUGGUUUUCAUUUCUUUGGCCUUGUGCAAUUUUCUUGUAACUUUACUUGUACCUAUAUUUUCUGUUUAUAUGUUCUUUUAAAGGGGAGGGGGAGGGUUCUAAGAUCUCGUUGUUUAUUGUAGAUAAAAAAUUUUUCAUGUUGUAGAAAAGCAUGGGUUAUGCGUUUGACUGAAAAAGGCACUGUAUUAUUUACCAAAGGGGUAUUGUUUUUGCAUUUGUUUAUAAAUGCAUUAUUUUGGUACUGUAAAUUUGGGUAUAAUUUCUGAAUUUAUUACUACUGGCAUUUUCUUUUUCCUUUUUUUUUUCCCCUAACUGUAAGUGCGCGAAGCAGGUGCACAGGUCCCAGACCAAACCAGACCACCAGCAUGUUCUUGUCCCCGCCUCGGGAGUGGCGCGCUGUUGCGUGCGCCUGAUUCCUCUCCCGUUGGUUUGUUUGUUUUUUAACUCAGCAUCCUGCUUUGUUUUACUUUCCAAGCAAGAUCUGUUGAGAUUCCUGAUUUGCAUUCUAAUGAGCUCACCCUUAUUUCCUCUCUUCUUAUGUAUUUUGUGUAUUAGAUUGUGCAGGAGGUAUUCUAGAAGGCAUUAAUGGUUUGCAUUCAAAAUGACGUGGUUUGUCCAAAUUAUUUUCUGUCUUUAUUACUGAGAUGGAUUAACCUCCUUAUUUCUUUCUUGAUGAUUUGAAGUUGUAAGAGUUGUCAGCUAUUGCUUAAUAAAAUU